AUGUCGUCUUUACAGCAAUCCACCUCUGACUUCGACGACGGCGAUCUCUCGGAUGAGAAUAUUACGCCUGCCCAUUCACGCUCACAUCUCGACCCAAGCCAGCACCGUUUACUGGGCCAUAACGAACUUGCUAGGGGCAAAGCCUCAGAGUACUUGGACUUCCUUGGCAACCGACUCUGUGCUGGCCGCAGACUCACCAAAAGCUACAUCGCUGUUUCUGUUCUCCUGCUAGCAAUAGUUACUUCUGCUGCAAUCGGUGGUGGUGGCUACUGGAUAUAUACCACCGCUGCAAAGGACGGUCAAUCCCCGCCAUGGUAUCCCACCCCACAAGGAGGAACUCUGUCAUCAUGGCAACAGAGCUACGACAAGGCUCAGAAAAUGGUUGAGCGGAUGAGUCUGGUGGAAAAAGUCAACAUCACCACCGGCACAGGAUGGGCCAUGAGCUUGUGCGUGGGAAAUACCGCCCCAGCCAUUCAUGUGGGCUUCCCUGGGCUCUGUCUACAAGAUGGUCCUCUAGGAAUACGCUUUGCUGAUCAUGCCACCUCCUUUCCUGCCGCUGUGACUGUAGGUGCCACAUGGAAUCGCAAUCUUAUGCGCAGACGUGGUGUCGUGCAUGCACGCCAGGCUAGGCUUAAAGGAGUCAACGUGCUUCUCGGCCCUUCCAUGGGACCUCUCGGACGCAAUCCUGCGGGAGGGAGGGUCUGGGAAGGCUUUGGGAGUGACCCAGUCCUCCAAGCGGUCGGAGCAUAUGAGACUAUCCAAGGUAUCCAAUCACAGGGUGUCAUGGCCACUGCGAAACACUUUGUCGGAAACGAACAGGAACAUUUCAGAAAGUCCUUCGAAUGGGGGCUGCCAGAGGCGCUCUCUUCCAACAUCGAUGAUCGGACUCUACACGAGCUGUAUGCCUGGCCUUUCGCUGAGAGCGUCCGCGCGGGCGUGGUCAGCGUUAUGUGUUCCUAUCAGAUGGUCAACAACUCUUACGCGUGUAGCAACAGCAAGCUGAUGAAUGGCAUCCUGAAAGAUGAACUUGGCUUCCAAGGAUUCGUGCAGUCUGACUGGCUGGCCCAACGCAGUGGUGUAGCCAGCGCUCUUGCAGGCCUCGACAUGUCCAUGCCUGGAGACGGAUUGUUUUGGCUGGAUGGAAAAGCGCUCUUCGGGGACCAACUCACCAUUGCCGUCCUCAACCACUCGGUCCCCAUGACGAGGCUGAAUGAUAUGGUGACCCGUAUCGUUGCGGCAUGGUAUCAAAUGGGGCAAGACUCUUGGACGUCAGAAGGCCCAAACUUCUCAUCUUGGACCGACGAAGAGUCCGGCUUCUUGCACCCCGGUAGCAGCACCAAACAAGAAAAGGUCGUUGUCAACAAGUUUGUGGAAACAGAGGACGAAGAGAGCCGGAAUUUGGCUCGAGAAGUUGCCAGCGAGGGCAUCGUGUUGCUGAAGAACUCCGACGCCAUCUUGCCCCUGACUCCCACGCUCUCCGGGCUGGGCACUGGGAACCGAAAGCGAGUCGCGGUGAUCGGCGAAGAUGCAGGGCCCGGCAAAGGUCCCAAUUACUGUGAGGAUCGUGGUUGCAAUCAAGGCACUCUUGCUGUCGGCUGGGGCUCGGGUUCGACAGAGUUCACCUACUUGGUUGAUCCGCUCUCCGCGAUCAAUGCAAGCUUUGACGGCUCAUCCGUCGAGAUCUUCAGCUCGCUCACCAACAGCGUGUCUUCCAAGCUGAAGACUAAGCUCAAGGAGCAGGACAUGUGCCUUGUUUUUGGGAACGCAGAUUCUGGAGAAGGCUACCGCAUCUGGCAGAACCAGCGUGCCGAUCGAAGUGAUCUCGAAAUUCAGAAGCGUGGAACUAGGCUCAUCCGUGCCGUUGCUGAAGAGUGCGGCGGCCCUGUCGUGGUCGUGAUUCAUUCCGUCGGUCCCGUCAUCAUUGAAGAGUUUGCCGACUUGGAGUCUGUCAAGGCCAUUGUCUUCGCGAACCUUCCAGGCCAAGAGAGCGGAAACGCUCUUGCCGAUGUUCUAUUUGGCAGGACGGACGCUUCAGGGAGGUUGCCGUAUACCUUGGGGAGAAGUCUUGAGGAUUAUGGCCCCGGCGCCCCUGUUCUGUACUAUCCAAACGCCAUCAUACCACAGGUCGACUUCAAUGAAGGACUGUACAUCGACUACCGACAUUUCGACAAGUACGGCAUUGAGCCUCGCUAUCCUUUCGGUCACGGGCUCUCGUUCACUACGUUCGAAUUGUCCGAUUUAGUUGUUACCGAGCUGAAGGCUAAAUCUCCUUUGCCCUCCCCUAGGCCGAAGACAUUGGCCCCGCCAGCCUUGGAUGAGACCAUCCCUCCAAUUGAGAGCGCACUCCUCCCAGCAGGUUUCUCCACGCUUCGCAAAUACGUCUAUCCUUACAUCUCCAGCACGAAGCAGGUCAAGGAAGGGAAGUAUCCAUAUCCUGAUGGAUACAACGUCCACCAAGAACCCAGCCCCGCCGGAGGUGGCGAAGGAGGCAAUCCAUCCCUGUUCGAAGACCAUGUCAGUGUCCAAGUCCGUGUCACCAACACGGGUAGCCGUACAGGCCAGUCGGUUGUACAGAUGUAUGUAUCCUUUCCUCCGUCAAUUCAAGAAACCUCGACCGGCGAAAUCAUCGACACACCCGUAAAGGUAUUGCGAAACUUCACGAAGAUCGAGCUUGACGCAGGGGCUUACCAGACAGUCAACCUUACCUUGACAAGAAAAGAUUUGAGUUAUUGGUCGGUGGUGCAGCAGAACUGGGUCAUGCCAGACGGACUGUUUACAAUCGAAGUCGGACAUAGCUCACGGAAUUUGCCCUUGCGGUGGGACUAUUGA